AUGCAGGGAGCUGUGGCUGUGGCCGGGGUGGCUGGGGUGACUGGGAUGCUGCUGACCAACUGGUUUGAAGGUUUUCUUCCACGGCACCGGGCCGUGCGCCGGCCCCAUCGCUGGAGGACGAACUUGGCGUGCCAAGAGUCUUGGAAGCGCAAUCUUCUCUUCGUCCCGCCAUCUGGAUUCUGGGCUGAUGAUGACUGGUAUGACCUGCAGAUGGAACGCCGAUUACCUCUGACUCGAGAUGUACUUCGCGAGUUGAUCUAUGCGUUGCCGCCCCUGAAGGACUUGCGUGUGGCAGAUCUGGGUGCGGGCACGGGGCGAUCGGCGCAAGCGCUGCUGGCGGCAUAUCCCUCCAUCCACUUGACCUUGAUCGAACCAGACGAGGGCCGCCUCAAAGUGGCGCUGCAGAAGCUUCCAGAGGCCACGGAGCAGCAAUGCAACUGCAUCGUUGCCGCCGCAGCAGCAGAUGGUAAACCACUACCAGGCAGUGCGGAGGGCUACGACUGCAUCGUCGCCCUGCAGGCGGUGCGGCACAUCGUGGCGCCGCCGGCGCACUACGCGGCCAAGCUGAAGCUGCCGGCCGCAGGAAUGGAUGACAUUGCAGAAGGAUAUGCCAAGAUGUUCGCCGGCAUCUAUGCGAGUCUGAAGCCAGGAGGAGAGAGGCCCAGUGGCUCCAACACCUUGGUCUUGGGCAUCAUCGAUCAGCUGGAUGGUAAAGCAGGCACUCUGGUGGUGAGUUUGGAUGAGCCCCGGCCGUUCAAAGAACUCUUGGCGCGUGCAGCUAUUCACACGGGCAAUUCGACGAGACGUCUCUUCUCAGAGGAUGGAGUGGAGAUCCUUAGUAUCGAUGACAUCAAGAGGAUUCAUGAGAGCUCCAAGACCACGCCCAAGCCCCGCGUGGUGACGGAGGAAUCCACCAAGAAGCAGCUGCAGAUCGACCUUGAAGUGGUUAGCACGGAUGGCAGCGACUUCAAAUGGAAGUGGGGCGCCGGCCAUGCCAGCUACAAAUUUGGCGAUCUUCUCAUUCGCAACUCGGCCAAGACCACUGUGGCGGACGCUGGCUGGAUCAAAGCAAUCCAGGCCCAGACGUGGGCGGAACAGACGAAGGUGGUACAUCCUCCACAGCCGAUUCCUUUGCCGACCACGGGAAACUUGAAGGACUGUUUACCAGAUCUCUGGAUUCAAUGCUUCCCUCUCGUCGAAAAGUAUGGACCUCUGAUCAGGCUCAGAAUCUUUGACGAUGUGGUUUACGUGUGCGCUGACCCCGACACCGUGGACAUUGUGAACCAGAUUCCAGACAAACGAUUGCCCAAGGAGGUCUUUGGAUGCAAGGCACUGGCAAAUCAAGGGGUCUUCAUCGCAGAUGGACAGCGCUGGGAGUUUGGUCGCCACGCCUUGCAGGCACAGUUGACACCUGAAGCCAUCGACUCGUUGAUUCCCAUCUUUGCGGAACGAUGUGUGAAGCUGCAGGCCAUUAUCGAUUCUCAUCCAAGAGAUAUGGAUAUUUUUGCUUGGGUAGAGAAGGUCACCAUGGACACCAUUUGCAAUGUAGGAUUUGGACAUGACUUGAAGUGCAUCGAGUCGGCGGAAAUGCCUCCGUUGCUUCCACUCUUUGAGGAGGUUUUGGAAAUCAGUAUCAAUUCAAGCCUCUAUGGUGCAUUUGAUGUGUUGGGCACACGAAAACGCUGGUUCGAAGGGCAGUUGUCGAAGUUGGAUGGGAUGUUGGAUGAGAUCAUUGAUGCCGUAAGGUCCGGAACACAUUCUGGAUCCUCAGAAAGCUUGUUGCACCACUUGAUCAAUGCCAAGUGUCCCUUGACACAGCGAAGCUUUACCCAAAGCGAGCUCAGGGAUCAACUGCUGACCAUGUUAGUAGCUGGCCACAAGACGACCACCCUGUUGUUGACCUGGGCCUUGUAUUACAUUGCCCGCAACCCACGCAUCGAGAAGAAACUCUUUGCGGAACUACGCCAGGUCUUUGAAAACGACAUGAACCGACUUCCGGUGGGAGAUGACCUCAGGCGCCUGAAGUAUAUGGACAUGGUGGUGCGAGAGACCUUGCGUCUUUGCUCUCCCGUGCAGGUGGCCCAACGAGGUCUCACACAACCAGUGCAAUGCGGGAAGUACACGCUACUGCCAGGUGGACACAGUGGUCGAGGCAACUCUUGGAUAGCGAUUCACAUCAUGGGCAUCUCUCACAGCAAAAAGCUGUGGGGCGAGAACGCAGAAGACUUCAUACCUGAACGCUUCGAAACGGACAAGAUGAAGCACUUCCAUCCCUUCCAAUUCAUUCCCUUCGGAGGCGGUCGCCGCCUGUGCAUCGGCAACUUGUUCGCCAUCACCCAGGCGAAGACCCUGCUCUGCAUGAUCUUGCGGAAGUACUAUCUCCGGUCUGUGGCGGAGAAACCAAUACGGAUCGAUCCAAAAGAUAUCGCUACUCCAUUGUCGGCCGAGAGGGGAGGUGGCGUUUGGUUGCACUUCACGAGCCGGGACUACGACGAACCCGAAGACGUUGUGCCACCACAGCCAAGUCACGGUGCGCUUUGCAGAUCCUUUGUGCAAGAGAGCUUGGAGCGGUCUCGCCCAGGUACCAGUUUUGCUGGUAGCAGCUUCAUUGGUAGAGGAAGCUUCCUUUCCGGGCCCCCGCCGCCUUUCUUGCUCCUGUGGGGCGGCGAGUUCAAAACCACCCAAAGUGCCGCGCAAGACCUGGCGAAGACGGCACAGUCCCGGGGACUCAAAGUGGAGCUGAAGACCAUGGACGAGGUUUCGCCCAAAGAUUUGGUCGCGGGCAAGAUUAAGAUUGAUGGUCAGAUCCCUGUGGUUCUCAUCAUGGUCGCGACGUACAACGGGCACCCACCAGAGAACGCGGCAGGCUUCUACAAGGCCUUGUCAGAGCAUCCUGCCAGCGAGCCAGGCAAGUCGGAGCUGCAGUAUGCAGUGCUUGGCGUGGGGAAUUCCCAAUGGGUCUCAACUUUCGUGAAGGUAGCCAAGAUGGUGGACAAAGAUCUGGCGCGGGUGGGCGCUCAGCGGCUACUGCCCUUUGAGGUGGCAGACAAGAACGACUGCUUUGACCAGUCGGUGCGGUCGUGGAGAAAGGCCUUGUUCAGCAUGUUUGCGAGCUCCCCGGAGCAGCUCGUCAUGGAGCAGGAGACGGAGCAAUUUGCUGAGGUGAUGGAAGAACGGCUGCAGCUGGAGGCAGUCGCGUCUGGCAAGGUGGCAGCGCCUUUGACGGACCAUUUUCUGAGGUCGGGGUAUCAAAAUUGCAAGAUCAGCCUCAACAAGGAGCUGUGUUUGCAAACAACUGCCGACAGCCCAUCCGUGCGACAGAUUUUGGUGGAGCGGCCAGAUGGAACGCCGUACGCCUGUGGGGAUCAUUUGGAGGUCAUGCCGAAGAACUCGGACACCCAGGUGAUGCGGGCCUGCAUGCGUUUGGGGUGUCACUCAGACUCCCUUGUGGUGGUGAAAGCCUCGUCUGGCACAGAAGACGAAUUGCCACAAGGCCAGACGCUCUCCAUUGGUGACAUCCUGACGCACUACGUGGACCUUCAAGCGCUUCCGUCACAAGAGACUUUGGCGUCGCUGGUGAAGUUGGCCAGCAAGAGCCAAGAGGUGCAAGCUCUCAGACACCUAAGUGAAGUGAAGGAAGACUCCGAGUAUGACAAGUGGAAGUCGAAGUGCUUGUCCAUUUUGGAUGUCUUAGAGGAGUUCCGAUCCAUCAGUAUCGGCUUCUCCAGGUUCGUAGAGGUGUCUCCAAGAAUCCAUCCAAGGCUCUACUCCAUCGCCUCCUCUCCCCUGUUGCGCGGCAGCACCGUGGAGCUCUGCUGCCGUGUGGCGCAGUACACGGCCACGCCGUUGAAUCAGCAGUCCGCCAGGACAGGCCUAUGCUCUUCGAUGUUGGCUGCCGCUGAAUCGGUGAUUUGCAGGGUGAAAGAAGCACCACACAUGCGGCUUCCAGAGGAUUACAGCAAGCCUAUCGCCUGUGUCUGCGGAGGGACUGGUUUGGCACCGUUCUUUGGCUUUUUGCAAGAACGAGACGCAUUGCGAAAACAAGGCAUCCACACCGGCAUUGUGCAUCUCUACUUCGGAUGUCGAAAUGAGGUGGACUUCCUUCACAAGUCGCAACUGGAGAAGUGGCACGAAGAAGGAUUAUGUUCCUUGAAGGUGUCGCUGUCCAGACCGGAUAGCGGAAGCAAAGAAUAUGUAUAUCACCGUCUUCGAGCAGAAUCUGCCUCGGUUCUCGAACUUCUAGGAGACGGCCCGAACGGAGGAUAUUUCUACGUCUGCGGAUCGGCGUCCACCCUGGCCAAAGAUGUCACCAACGUGCUGGGCGACCUACUCAGUGAAAGUGGCGAUGCCGUCGUGGGCUUCACAAAGCUGAAUGAGCUGCAAGAUAGCGGCCGCGUCAUCUUUGACGUCUGGGGUUAAUGAAAUGCUGGACCGGGCCACUGUGUGAUAUUACU